CUGAGGGCAUGGGGGGUCCCGCGGGGCCUCCGCGCCUUCUCCACGCCCCGCACCCGCUCCUCUGCCUGCUCUGCCUCCUGCCGCCGCUGCUCAGAGCGGCCGGGCCCAGCCAGGCACCCAGAGACCAGCCUGUGUGGAUGCUACUGGAACAGUACUGCCAUGCAAUCACGACCCUCACCAACCUCUCAGGUCCCUACUCCUACUGCAACACGACCUUGGACCAGAUCGGGACGUGCUGGCCCCGGAGCGCGGCCGGAGCUCUGGUGGAGAGGCAGUGCCCCGAGUACUUCAACGGCGUCAAGUACAACACGACCCGGAAUGCCUACCGAGAGUGCUUGGAGAAUGGCACCUGGGCCUCACGGAUCGACUACUCACAGUGUGCGCCCAUUUUGGAUGAUAAGCAGAGGAAGUAUGACCUGCACUACCACGUCGCACUCAUUGUCAACUACCUGGGCCACUGCGUGUCUGUGGCAGCCCUCGUGGCUGCCUUCCUGCUUUUCCUGGCCCUGCGGAGCAUCCGCUGUCUGCGGAACGUGAUUCACUGGAACCUCAUCACCACAUUUAUCCUGCGAAAUGUCAUGUGGUUCCUGCUGCAGCUCAUCGACCAUGAAGUGCAUGAGAGCAAUGAGGUCUGGUGCCGCUGCAUCACCACCAGCUUCAACUACUUCGUGGUGACUAACUUCUUCUGGAUGUUCGUGGAGGGCUGCUACCUGCACACGGCCAUCGUCAUGACCUACUCCACCGAUCGCCUGCGCAAGCAGCUCUUCCUCUUCAUUGGAUGGUGCGUCCCCUGCCCCAUCAUCAUCGCCUGGGCCAUUGGCAAACUCUACUAUGAGAAUGAACAGUGCUGGUUUGGCAAGGAGCCCGGUGACCUGGUGGACUACAUCUACCAGGGCCCCAUCAUCCUCGUGCUCUUGAUCAAUUUUGUAUUUCUGUUCAACAUCGUCAGGAUCCUAAUGACAAAGUUACGAGCAUCCACCACAUCGGAGACGAUCCAGUACAGGAAGGCGGUGAAGGCCACCCUGGUUCUCUUGCCCCUUCUGGGCAUCACCUACAUGCUCUUCUUCGUCAACCCUGGGGAGGACGAGCUGUCACAGAUCGUGUUCAUCUAUUUCAACUCCUUCCUGCAGUCGUUCCAGGGUUUCUUUGUGUCUGUCUUCUACUGCUUCUUCAAUGGAGAGGUGCGCUCGGCUGUGAGGAAGAAGUGGCACCGCUGGCAGGACCAUCACUCCCUCCGAGUCCCCGUGGCCCGGGCCGUGUCCAUCCCCACGUCACCCACGCGGAUCAGCUUCCACAGCAUCAAGCAGACGGCCGCUGUAUGAGCCCUCAGUAUCCUCACCUCGCCCAUCACUCCACCAUUGGGGCAGCCUCCCCAUCCUCCUCCAGCACCUUUCUCUGGGUUCUCCUGGCUGCGCAGGCUCUGAUGGGGGCAGAGGGAGGGGGGAGACCAGCUCUCCAGGCCGGCAGGAGGGAGGCUAUGCAGCAGCACGAGGGGCUCCCGGGAACCAGGGCCGGCUGGACCCCAAGUCUCAGUGCGAGAGGGAGCUGAGCCGAGAAGUCACGGGAACCCCCGGAGGAGAGCGGGUCACAGGUCUUCAGGCAUUGC